CCAUUCCCCGGAUAUCCGGCAGUUCAUUCAAGACAAAUCAGAUUGCCGAAUAGCUUUUAGGCGGCUUAUUUAUAAACCUUAUCUUAAAUAAACUAUCAAAUAACAAGAACAAGUAAUAUCAAACUAAGAUUUUUAUUCAAGACUGAAAUUACAUGCUUUUUACCGCUUAUACUUGAACGAUUAAACAAGAUGAGCGAUAAUUCGUUCAAAAUCAAAUCAUUUGAUAUCAUUUUAAAUCUUAUAAAAGAUUGUCAUAGAACAAUGACAAAAGCAUUGCACUAUAAAUAUAUUUUAUUCAUAGCUAGAAUCCUAUUUAAUAGAAUGUAUGGCAUAGUUGUUUCUAUUUUUAUACAUUAUGAGAGGGCGGGGAGGGAAGAGGCUACCAUUUCGGGUUUAAAAUAGCUAUUUAAGUAAAUUCAAAUAGUUAAAUAUAUGUUUUAUUAUAUAAAACUAUCUUUAAUUAUUUUUAAUGUAUUUUCCAGCUAAUAUACAUUUAAAGUACGUAAUCAAUUAGAAAAAUUACGCUAAAUGGAAGGAAAGUGUUUAACAAGAGAAAAUCUUAUGAAGUUACUAGAUGAGAUGAAUAUUGAAACGCAAACAUACGAUCAUGAAGAAGCCUUUACGGUAGAGGAUAUGUUAAGAUUUUUAGAUGGAAAAGUUGGAACAGUUGCAAAAAAUCUCUUUAUUAAUGAUAAGAAAAAACGCAAUCUCUGGUUGGUAGCCGCUAAGCAUGAUACUAUCAUAAAUUUGAAUAGUUUAGCAAAAAAGAUUAAAGCUGCGGGAGGGUUAAGAUUGGCAAGCGAAGCGAUUCUUGAAGAAAAGCUUGGUGUUAAACAGGGCUGUGUGACAAUUUUUGCCUUAUUAAACGAUACAAGAAAAGAAGUUAAAGUACUAAUUGAUUCAUCUCUAUUGAAAGAAGACUUUGUACUUUUUCACCCAAUGACCAAUGCUGCCUCAACUUCCGUAAAAACGUCAGAUGUUCUUAAAUUUCUAAAAGAAAUAGAUCGAUCGUAUGAAUUAAUUGACUUUACGGAGUAA